CGGUGCUGGAAUCUGAAAUUGAUGUUGAUGAAUGAUAUCAAAAACAUUUAAACCAUUUGUAAUUUAUAUCAAACCUACGCUAUUGAUCAAAAGGAACAAUACAUUGGUAGUUUAUUAGUAACUCAAUUUGUGCGAGCUUUUUUAUUGAUAUGGCUGACGAGUAUGCUGCCAUCAAACGAGGAAAAUUAAUACUCAAAGGAGAUAAACCCAAGGCAAAAAAACGCAAACAUAAGAAAAAGGAAACAUCUGAAGACUCCAAAGUUGAUGAGGACAGUCUAAAACAUGGCGGUUGGUGGCGAGUGAACAGAAUUGAGGAUAUUACUGGUCCCAUAUCAAUUGAGUUUGGAAAUAAUGCCUACAUAUCAGCUCUUGACAAUGGUUUAUUCACAAUUGGGGCUCCACAUGGAGACACAGAAGGUCCCUCACCAGAGGAGAUAUUUACAGCAUUCCCAGCUGGAGAAAAUAAAUUCGCAUUGAAAUCAGGUUACGGAAAAUAUUUGGGUGUCUCUAAGGAUGGUGUUGUUAUCGGAAGAUCAGAUGCCGUUGGAGCUAUGGAGCAGUGGGAGCCUGUUUUUCAAGAUGGUAAAACAGCCAUCCUUAGCUCCGUCAACAAGUUCAUGUCAGUCAACAGUGAAGACUCCGUGGUGGCACAGAGUUUGUCUGCGGGAGAUACGGAGUUCUGCAGUAUACGCAGCAACAAGACGAGAGAGGUGAAUACUGUGGUGUUGCCUGCCGAGGAACAAGGAGACCUUGCUGAAGUUGAAGUCAACUAUGUCAAAAAGUUCCAGAAAUUCCAAGACAAGAAACUACGUGUCAAUGACGGCAGCGUUAUAGAGCUCAAAAGGGCGAAGGUGGAGGGGAACCUACACGAGACACUUCUGGACAGAAGGAGUAAGAUGAAAGCUGAUAGAUAUUGUAAAUAGAGCAUGUAGAUAAGUUUAAUGGAAUAAAAUAAUUGUGACUAA